GAAUCAUACUCGGAGGAUUCUGAAUCUGAUGAACCGAACAGUGUCGGUGCAUCAAAUAAAAAAAGAAAAAAGCAAAAAAAUGCCACUUUACAAACAGCAUCGAUAGCGCGAAGUUAUAUACCGGAAAGCAGCUCGCGAAUUAAAGUUUCGGAUGGGGUCAAACGAUUCAAAUUCAAACGAGCCAAUCCAGAAUCAAAUGCACCAACGCCACGCGAUCUGGUCCAGUACCAAGAGGUGGUUGAUCAGGCAAAUUUAGUAUUCAGCGCACUGCAAAGAAAGGAACCGCUUUGCAAAAGGCUCUUGGAAUUUGAACAUCAUCCGAACAAUCUGAAUUGUGUACCGUCCUGUGAUUUCGAUGAAAAUUUGAGUGCACUGUUGGAAAAGCGCUCUAUUCCUGUUGUGCUGCCUUUUUGUGGCGACGACGAACAGCAGCCGAGUGCAUCAGCAGAGUGCUGUACGAAUGUUGAUGAUGCGCAGAAACUUCACUUGGGCAAUCCGAAACAACGUUUGCCUGUGUUUCAGCCUAAAAUGCUGCAUUAUAAAACCAAAAAACUGACCUUACUGUUAGAAGAGCAGGAAAUCAAUGAAGUCGGUUGUGUUGCUUACUGUGGCGGGCCGAUUUCAACGAUCGAAAGCUGUCCACGGAAACUGGAAGAUGGACGCGAAUGUGUGGCCGUGUCAGUUUUUCAUGACGAGGAGUAUUUGGUUCCGAAGAACCAAAACAGUCAGCAUGAUUACAUACAGUUUUGGUUGUAUGAAAAUGAACAUAAGAGGUAAUG